AUGCCCCGUACCUCCUCCCGAUUAGCCGCCACGCUCCCCCGGGGGCAGGUGGGAAUCCAGAAUUUUGCAAGAGCGACCAAGCCAGGAGCCACGACUGCUCCUUCUACAAAACUCGAAAAGCCCGCUGCCGCUCCUCCCCUUUCCUACUCGCCAUCAAGGAAACGCAAGCUAGUCGAGAUUGAGAAUGUGGCUAGUGGAGGAGGCAUUGCCGCCCCAGGGGCGGAAACCAAGGCGACCGAUGAACAAAAGCAGGUCGAGGACGAAGCCGCUACACCUUCUAAAACACUUCGGUUCAAUGAAUUAUCCGUUUCGUCGCCCCAGCUGCGCAGUGGUCAUCAUGUUACUCGGUCGCCGUCGGUUCGGUCUCAAUUGGGUUCUACGCGUGGGUCGGUGUCGGAGGGACUUCCUCAGACGCCGUCGAAGAGGAGUCGGUCGGUGAAGUACAAUACACGAUCAGUACCGCUGUCGUUGUCGAAGUCGAAGUCGCAGCCGAUAACGAAGCUGCAUUCGGCGUUUUUGAAGGCUCUUACGCUUCAUUCCGCGCACAAUGGUUUUAUCGCUCCUGUGGAUUUGAGGGAGUUUCUGCACGCCGUUGGACAGGUGUGGAGGAAGAGAAAGAUUGUGGUUAAGGAUUUGCAGCGCUUGGUAUGGAUUUGGGAACAGUCGCAACAAGUGAAGGCGCCUUUCCGAUUGGCGAACUACGGGUUGGGACGUGUGUGUCUGGAACGAGAAUGGACGGGACGAAUCGACGAGUCCGAAUGGCAAGAGCAGUUUGAACAGACCCUCGAUCUCCUCUGGGAGAAGACUCUCGAUUCGAUUCCGAACCUAGCCGAUGACGAGGAGGAAAAAGUGGCUGAAAAUUUUGUCGAUACACUGGGCCUUUCCCCCAUCCACGAAUGCCUCACCCCCCUGACCUCUUUCCGGAAGGGUCAGCAACGAUUGCAGGAUUUGAGGGGUGGUGUGAUUCGAAUGAAGACCGAGAAACUUCGGGCGGACUCUGCGAAGGAUGACGAUAGCCCGGCACCCAAGACCCUUCUCGAUGCUACGCCAAACCGUCGCAAGAGUCUUUUGGAUCGGAUCAAGAACAAGGAACUUCGUCAGUCGACACUUCCGCCUCCACCGUCGAAGGACAUGCUGGUUCGGCGUGCUGCUGUUGAGCGUGUUGAGGAUGUUGCAAACGUGCUUGCCUCACUGCGGCCGGUUGGAUAUGUCGGUUCUGGAAUUAAGGCGAUGUUGGCUGCUCAGAGGAAACCGUUCCAGAUCCCGACUAUCGUGCAGCAUGUUCAGGACUCUGUCCGGAACCCCAUCUCCCCCCAAGAGGUGGAGAUCUGUAUCGAGGUUAUGGCCCGCACUGACAUUGCCGGGAAUUGGGUGAACUUCGUCACCGUGGGAGCGGCCAAGAUGAUCGUGUUGAAGUCUUGUGCCGACGUUUCCCCCAAGGAACUCGCGGUCAAGGCCUAUUCGAUGAAAAUCGGGUAUGAUGAAGAAUCUGUUCCCAACUAA